AUGUCUCUCGGUAAGAAGGUUACCCUGAACUCCGGUGCUGAGAUCCCCCAACUGGGAUUCGGUACCUGGCAGUCCGCACCUGGCCAGGUCGGCGAUGCUGUCUACGAGGCUCUGAAGGCUGGAUAUCGUCACUUGGAUUUGGCUACGAUCUACGAGAACCAGCGCGAGGUUGCGGAAGGUAUUAAGAAAGCCUACAAGGAUGUUCCGGGCCUCAAGCGUGAGGACCUCUUUAUCACAUCUAAGCUGUGGAACUCCCAGCAUGACCCUGCUGUUGUCGAGAAGUCCCUGGACGAGUGCCUUGCCGAGCUCGAGCUCGAAUACCUUGAUCUCUACCUCGUCCACUGGCCCGUCGCCUUCACCACCGGAUCCGAAUAUUUCCCUCUCGUUCAGAACAGCUCUGUUGAGGGUGGCGAUGUCGUGAUCAAUGAUAGCGUCUCUAUUGUCGACACCUGGAAGGCCAUGACCAAGCUCCCCAAGAGCAAGGCUCGCACUGUCGGUGUCUCCAACCACAUGGUCCAACACCUCGAGGCUAUCAUCAACGCUACCGGUGCCGUUCCCGCCGUCAACCAGAUUGAGCGCCACCCCGUCCUGCAGAGCACCGAGCUCAUCGAGUACUGCCAAAAGAAGGGAAUCCACAUCACUGCCUACUCGGCCUUCGGUAACAACGGCUUCGGCGUCCCUCUGUUGGUCACCCGCCCUGAGGUCAAGGAGGUCGCCGAGGAGGCCUCCAAGAGACUUGGCACCACAGUCACCCCCGCUCAGGUCGUCCUAGCCUGGUCCCAGGUCGGUGGCCACAGUGUCAUUCCCAAGUCGGUGACGCCUUCCCGCAUCCAGGAGAACUUCAAGGAGGUGGAGCUCACACCAGAGGAGGUUGCUAAGGUGUCUGAGCUGGGCAAGGAUCGCAGACGGUACAACACGCCGUAUGUCGCCAACAAGCCCCGCUGGGAUAUCAACAUCUUUGGUGAGGAGGAGGAGAAGCCUGCCUCACACCAGGUUGUUGUUUAG